AUGGAGCGACGUUUAAAUCGAACCCUGAUGGCACAGGUUAUGGACGCAAUAAAUAUUCAGAGGAAGGCCGCUCUACUUUCCUUGCCUUUUGAGUCUUCCUUGGCGUCCUCUUAUACUUCUUCUAAAACCAAUUCUGCUUCCUCAAUGAGAUUACUUGACGGUCCCCUAAGUACUGAAAGAGAGGUGAUGCCCUUUCUUCGUGACGCGGUACUGGAGGCUAUUGAACGCCCUUUAGAAUCUCCUGAUUGGAAUCAAGAAAGGAAAAGUAACGUUGAGGUUGGUACCAUCUUAGAGGGCCGUCGUCUUGUAGGUCUUAAUCUUGCUUGUGCACGUCUCUGUGGCUCCUUCAACCGUAGCGAUCUAUCUGGAACUGAUUUUACUGACGCCUUUGCGAGUCACUCUACAUUUAAUUUAGCUCGAAUGCCCCGUUGCUGUUUAACAGGGGCGCAGUUUCACUCAUGUACUUUUCUCGCCACGGAAGCUUCAUACGUAGAUGCACGGAGUGGACGCUUUUCCCACUGUGUAUUUCGCCGCACUGACAUGACGGGAUGGGAUGUGCGUGGGGCUACCUUUUAUAACUGUGAUUUCACAAUGAGUGAAUUGAGUGAUUGGGUGUAUGAUGGACAGACGAUUGUAGUCGCGCCUGUUGGAUGGAGCCGCUGCCGCCGUCUUGGUUGGGACGCGCGUGGGAAUUCUGCAGCGCCGCAGUCGUGUAUAAUAGGCGGUGCCGUACCUUCACUACCACCACGCAAACAGAAGUGA